CGCGCGUCCCCCAGCGCCACUCGGGCGGCCGCCUCGGAGCAUGACCCCCGCGGGCCGGCGCCGCGCGCUCUGAUCCGCCGGGACCCCGCGCUCCUGCAGCCAUGGGCGCCGGGGCUGGGCGGGGGGCGGCGACCGCGCCGCUGCUGGUGGCGGUGGCCGCGCUGCUGCUGGGUGCCGCGGGCCACCUGUACCCCGGAGAGGUGUGUCCCGGCAUGGAUAUCCGGAACAACCUCACGAGGUUGCACGAGCUGGCCAACUGCUCGGUCAUUGAAGGACAUUUGCAGAUACUGUUGAUGUUCAAAACGAGGCCCGAGGAUUUCCGAGACCUCAGUUUCCCCAAACUCAUCAUGAUCACUGAUUACUUGCUGCUCUUCCGGGUCUAUGGGCUGGAGAGCCUGAAGGACCUGUUCCCCAACCUCACGGUCAUCCGGGGCUCGCGCCUCUUCUUCAACUACGCACUGGUCAUCUUCGAGAUGGUUCACCUGAAGGAACUCGGCCUCUAUAGCUUGAUGAACAUUACCCGGGGCUCCGUCCGCAUCGAGAAAAAUAACGAGCUGUGCUACCUGGCCACCAUCGACUGGUCGCGCAUCCUGGAUUCUGUGGAGGAUAAUUACAUUGUGCUGAACAAAGACGACAACGAGGAGUGUGGGGACAUUUGUCCAGGCACAGCGAAGGGCAAGACCAGCUGCCCUGCCACUGUCAUCAACGGGCAGUUUGUCGAGCGGUGUUGGACACACAGCCACUGCCAGAAAGUUUGUCCCACCAUCUGCAAGUCGCACGGCUGCACCUCGGAGGGCCUUUGCUGCCACAGCGAGUGCUUAGGCAAUUGCUCCGAGCCCGACGACCCCACCAAGUGCGUGGCCUGUCGCAACUUCUACCUGGACGGCAGGUGCGUGGAGACCUGCCCGCCCCCCUACUACCACUUCCAGGACUGGCGCUGUGUGAACUUCAGCUUUUGCCAGGACCUGCACAACAAGUGCAAGAACUCCCGGAGGCAGGGCUGCCACCAGUACGUCAUUCACAACAACAAGUGCAUCCCCGAGUGCCCCUCUGGUUACACGAUGAAUUCCAGCAACCUGAUGUGCACUCCAUGCCUGGGCCCCUGUCCCAAGGUCUGCCACAUACUGGAAGGCGAGAAGACCAUUGACUCGGUGACGUCCGCCCAGGAGCUUCGAGGCUGCACUGUGGUCAACGGAAGCCUCAUCAUCAACAUCCGAGGGGGCAACAACCUGGCAGCUGAGCUGGAGGCCAACCUUGGACUCAUUGAGGAAAUUUCCGGGUAUCUGAAAAUCCGGAGAUCUUACGCUCUUGUGUCACUUUCCUUUUUCCGGAAGUUACGGCUGAUUCGAGGAGAGACCUUGGAAAUUGGGAACUACUCUUUCUACGCCUUGGACAACCAGAACCUAAGGCAGCUUUGGGAUUGGAGCAAACACAACCUCACCAUCACUCAGGGGAAACUCUUCUUCCACUAUAAUCCCAAACUCUGCUUGUCAGAAAUUCACAAGAUGGAGAAAGUUUCGGGAACCAAGGGGCGCCAGGAGAGGAACGACAUUGCCCUGAAGACCAACGGCGACCAGGCGUCUUGUGAGAAUGAACUCCUUAAAUUUUCUUACAUUCGGACAUCGUACGACAAGAUCUUGCUGAAAUGGGAGCCAUACUGGCCCCCUGACUUCCGAGACCUCCUGGGGUUCAUGCUUUUCUACAAAGAGGCCCCUUACCAGAAUGUGACCGAGUUCGACGGGCAGGAUGCGUGUGGCUCCAACAGCUGGACCGUGGUGGACAUUGACCCCCCUCUGCGGUCCAAUGACCCCAAGUCGCAGAACCACCCAGGGUGGCUGAUGCGGGGUCUCAAGCCCUGGACCCAGUAUGCCAUCUUUGUCAAGACCUUGGUUACCUUUUCUGAUGAACGCCGCACAUAUGGGGCCAAGAGUGACAUCAUCUAUGUGCAGACAGAUGCCACUAACCCUUCCGUCCCCCUGGAUCCAAUCUCCGUUUCUAAUUCCUCGUCCCAGAUUAUCCUGAAGUGGAAACCUCCCUCGGACCCCAACGGCAACAUCACACACUACCUGGUUUUCUGGGAGAGGCAGACGGAAGACAGUGAGCUGUACGAGCUGGAUUAUUGCCUCAAAGGGUUGAAGCUGCCAUCCCGGACCUGGUCUCCGCCGUUCGAGGCUGAGGGCUCCCCGAAGCAGAACCAGAGUGAACACGAGGAGUCCGCCGGCGAGUGCUGCUCCUGCCCCAAGACAGACUCCCAGAUCCUCAAGGAGCUGGAGGAGUCCUCUUUUAGGAAGACCUUUGAGGAUUAUCUGCACAAUGUGGUGUUCGUUCCCAGAAAAUCCUCGUCAAGCCCUGGUGCUGAGGACACUAGGCCAUCGCGGAAACGCAGGGCCCUCAGGGACGUUGGCAACGUGACAGUGGCUGUGCCCACAGCUCCAGGUUUCCCCAACACCUCGACUAGCACGCCCACAAGCCCGGAGGAGCACAAGCCUUUUGAGAAAGUGGUGAACAAGGAGUCCCUGGUCAUCUCUGGGCUGCGUCAUUUCACCGGCUACCGUAUCGAGCUGCAGGCUUGCAACCAGGACGCCCCUGAGGAGAGGUGCAGUGUGGCGGCCUACGUCAGCGCCAGGACCAUGCCUGAAGCCAAGGCAGAUGACAUCGUUGGCCCUGUGACCCAUGAAAUCUUCGAGAACAAUGUCGUUCACUUGAUGUGGCAGGAGCCGAAGGAACCCAACGGUCUGAUUGUGCUGUAUGAAGUGAGUUACCGACGCUAUGGUGAUGAGGAGCUGCACCUCUGUGUGUCCCGCAGACACUUCGCCCUGGAGCGGGGCUGCAGGCUGCGUGGGCUACCGCCGGGGAAUUACAGCGUGCGAGUCCGGGCCACCUCCCUGGCAGGCAAUGGCUCCUGGACAGAAGCCACUUAUUUCUACGUGACAGACUAUUUAGAUGUCCCAUCGAAUAUUGCAAAAAUCAUCAUCGGCCCCCUGAUCUUUGUCUUUCUCUUCAGUGUUGUGAUUGGAAGUAUUUACCUGUUCCUGCGGAAGAGGCAGCCAGAUGGGCCGCUGGGACCGCUGUAUGCGUCUUCAAACCCUGAGUACCUCAGUGCCAGUGAUGUGUUUCCAUGUUCUGUGUAUGUGCCGGACGAGUGGGAGGUGCCUCGGGAGAAGAUCACUCUCCUGCGGGAGCUGGGGCAGGGCUCCUUUGGCAUGGUGUACGAGGGCAACGCCAGGGACAUCGUCAAGGGAGAGGCGGAGACCCGCGUGGCGGUGAAGACGGUCAACGAGUCGGCCAGUCUGCGGGAGAGGAUCGAGUUUCUCAACGAGGCCUCAGUCAUGAAGGGCUUCACCUGUCAUCACGUGGUCCGCCUCCUGGGGGUGGUGUCCAAAGGCCAGCCAACGCUGGUGGUGAUGGAGCUGAUGGCCCACGGAGACCUCAAGAGCUACCUCCGCUCCCUGCGGCCGGAGGCUGAGAAUAACCCCGGCCGCCCUCCCCCUACCCUGCAAGAGAUGAUUCAGAUGGCGGCGGAGAUCGCCGAUGGGAUGGCCUACCUGAAUGCCAAGAAGUUCGUGCACCGGGAUCUCGCAGCCCGCAACUGCAUGGUGGCCCACGAUUUCACCGUCAAAAUUGGAGACUUUGGGAUGACCAGAGACAUCUAUGAAACGGAUUACUACCGGAAAGGAGGCAAGGGUCUGCUCCCUGUGCGGUGGAUGGCACCGGAAUCCCUGAAGGAUGGGGUCUUUACCACUUCUUCUGAUAUGUGGUCCUUUGGCGUGGUCCUUUGGGAAAUCACCAGCUUGGCAGAACAGCCUUAUCAAGGCCUGUCAAAUGAACAGGUGUUGAAAUUUGUCAUGGAUGGAGGGUAUCUGGACCAACCCGACAAUUGUCCAGAGAGAGUCACCGACCUGAUGCGUAUGUGCUGGCAAUUCAAUCCCAAGAUGCGGCCCACCUUCCUGGAGAUCGUCGACCUGCUCAAGGACGACCUGCACCCCAGCUUUCCAGAAGUUUCCUUCUUCCACAGCGAGGAGAACAAGGCGCCUGAGAGCGAGGAGCUGGAGAUGGAGUUUGAGGACAUGGAGAGUGUCCCUCUGGAUCGGGCCUCCCACUCUCAGAGGGAGGAAGCCGGGGGCCGGGAUGGAGGGUCCUCCCUGGGCCUAAAGCGGAACUACGAGGAGCACAUCCCCUAUACCCACAUGAAUGGGGGCAAGAAAAACGGACGGAUUCUGACUCUGCCCAGGUCGAAUCCUUCCUAACAGCGCCUGUUUUGGGGGAGGGGUUCCCAUCUUCACUUUCCUCGGGUCUGAAGGUCUCCAGAAAACUCAGGAUUCUCCUAUGAAUCUGCCAGUGUCCGACGGAGCUCAGAGAUCAUAACUAUCCAUUGCUGUUCAUCUGUGACUUAAAAACGUGUUUGAUUGCCAAUUUGACGAGCUGUCAGAGAAUUGAACUGUGACCCUAGAGAAGGGGUUUCCUUGGCUGCUGUCCUUUGUAGGCAACUGUGGUUUUAAGCCAGGAUGUUACUAUUUUUUCUAGUACAUGAGAGCAAGCACCUGUUUUUACAAAUCUUUUUUUUUUUUUUUUCCUCCUGGCAUCUGAGCUACAGUAUAAAACAUGAAACUUGUUUGUGGAACAAAAGUUUGAAAGAAAGGAAAAAAAAAAAGCCAACCCUGUCCCAGUAGAAUUUCAGGCUUUCCAGAGUGGGCUUCAGGAAGGUGUUUUUUCCUCAUCCAGGCUGAAGGAUUUUUUUUUCUUCUUCACAAAAUCAGUUCCUCAAAUUGACCAAUAGCUGCUGCUUUUGUACUUCUGAUAAGGAUCUGCAGUCCCGGCGUGUGUCCGUGCGCGUGUGUGUAUGUGUCCAGGCUAGAUAUGGCUGGCGUGUGUGUGUGCCCGUGUGUGCCCGUGCGUGCGUGCAAAGCAUUCAUGCCCCGUUGACACUUUGGGGGUCGGCUCAUGAAGGUUCUGUCUUCUCGAGCUCCUGAUCCUCCCAUCUCCUUCCUUCCUUAUUUACUGGGAGACUGUGCCCUCCACAGAUUCUUCUGCCCCAAGCCUAGUCUCAGGAGUCUCUUCUCCCUUAACUUUGGUGAAAAAUGUUUUCCAGGAGCCAAGGGAGUCAUUUGGAGUGAUAGUGGAUCUUUUCAAGACCAAACAAAGCUAGGACAGAAAAAAGAAAAAAAGAAAAAAAGAACUGAGUUGAUUAAGGAUUUUGAGAAUAUAUUUGUAACAUAUUUAAUUUUUUAAAACUCUCCAACGUCAGCCUCAUAAGUUAUUAACUGUUUCCCGGGGUCGGGGGGAGGGUUUGUGGGUUGGUCUGCCUGUGUGCAGAGAGGGAGCGAGGCACCAGUGGCUGAUUUGUUUGGUCUUAAAGGCAUCCACUUUUCUGGGAAUAAAGCCACAUUAGCUGCUGACCCUUUUGGACAUGAUGAGGCCACGCUGAGGGUGUGGGCGAUUGGGUUUGGUUUCUGCUUGGGAAAGCUGAUAGCCACCUGGAGCUGAGUCCUGCCUUCAGACACACUUGUGGCUCUUGGAUCUGUUGGUUCCUUGUGUGUACCUCGCAUGCUUCCUCAACUGGGUGUGCACAUACCACAGCAGAACUAAACCCCAAAGUGCGGCAGCCCAGAUGGACUUAGAACACUAAGCAGUAUGAAGCGAGAUGCACCUGUCGGGCCCCUCCACCCUCAGGGCAUCCACCUGUCCUCAGAGUUGACCUCCCAGAAGCUGCUCUGUGCCCAGUGACCUCAGCUGGGCCAGGUGUGGGGCCUGAGCAGAACUCUCAGGUGCUUAUGACGUUGCAGUCCCCAAGAGAGUAGAGUCUGGAAGAGAAACUGCUAAGGACCUUCACGCCACCAAGAACUGGAUGGGCGUGAAUCCAGUUUCUUCCCUUUGGGGAAAGAAUCACAGCUGCUCAAAUAAACAACACGGUGAACCCAUUACUUUGGUUCAUCAAAAUCAUCACCCACGUGUUAUCCCUGAGAGCAUUUUCUCAUGAGUUUUUGACUGCUUCCUUCUCCUCUUCUCUUAAAAGUUGCGGGCUUCAGAAUAGGUUAGAGACAAUGGCAACCUCUGAACCUUCUCAAUUCUUGAUUAAGAACACAGGUAGACAAAUCCCAAUUGCCUAUUACUAUCUUAUUUAUAUGAUUUGAGAAAUUAUAGCACAUGAAAUACUUCUGGGGAGCCUCAAUGAUUGGGUACAAGGAACAAGAGUACAGAAAUUAUUUUCGCCAAAUUUAUUUUGUACAUAUAAGAGGGUCUACGUAAAUUAAGAACACAUAGAUCUAGGUAUUUUGUUCUUUUCAUAGUAAAAUUUGUAGUGGCCGUAUACCACACUAGCAACAAUUUUCACAUUUUUCUAAUUCAGAAAGGUUUUCUUAUAUUAGGAGAAAAUUAUUUAUUUUAAUAUAUAAAAAUCACUGUAAAAAUCACUUUCAUAAAAAAUGGAGUGCAUGUAAAUUUUUAUCAAAAAUAAACAGGUGAAUGUG